AGGUUUCUGCCCAAGAAGUUAGAAAUGGUUUUGAAUACGAGCGAAAUAACAAUAUUCCUUCUUCUAACUGGACUUGGCACUGUUGCAAAUGUUUAUGUUUUUGUGAAUUAUACAUGCACUUUUUUGGGUUCUGGGAAUAUGUCUAUACACCUAAUCCUCAUCCACUUGGCUGUGACAAAUAUUAUAAUGCUUUUUUCCAAGGGAAUGCCAACGACAAUAGCGGCUUUAGGUAUGAGGCACUUCCUUGGUGAUGUAGGCUGUCACGUUAGUGUUUAUCUAGAAAGGAUGGCCCGGGGCCUCUCCAUCUGCACCAGCAGUCUCCUCACAGUGGUCCAGGCCAUCAUCAUGAGCCCCAGAGCCUCCUGCUGUGGAAGGCUCGGACUGAAGUCUGCAUGGCAUGUGCUUCUCUCACUGUUCCUCUUUUGGAUUCUCAAUCCCUUGGUCAGCAUGAACCUCCUCCUUUCCAUCAGAGACAAAGGUACAAACACAUCACCACUGCACAAGAAUAGCAGAUAUUGUUAUUUCAAAAAAGAAAGUCAAAAAAUAAACAACAUUUUUCUCACCCUCCUGGUCCUGAGAGACGCAGUGUUCCAGGGCGCCAUGGGAGGGGCCAGUGGCUACAUGGUGUUUCUUCUCCACAAGCACCACCAGCACGUCCUCCACCUUCAGAACUCCAAGCUUCUCUACAGAACUCCCCCUGAGCUGAGAGCUGCUCAGAGUGUCCUCCUUCUGAUGCUCUGCUUUGUUUUCUUCUACUGGAGUGAUUGUGUCUUUUCUUUAUAUUUAUCUUCCUCUUUAAAGAAUGACUCCUUAACAGUGCAUUUUCAAGAAUUCCUGACCCUUGGUUACGCAGUUGUCAGCCCCCUCGUGCUGAUCCACAGGGAUGGACACCUGGCUGAGUGCUGUCAUGCUCAGAGAUAUUGA